UUAAAACUGUUGCCAAUUAAUAUAUGUAAUGGAUGAAAUAAGUAUUGACGUUAUUAGUGACAAUAAAAAUAAUACAAAGAGAGUGAACAGUAUAUCACAGAAAAAUGGAAAGUUGGAAGAUUUGGAAGAGGCCGAUUUCGAAACUGCUAUAUCUGCAACAGGGUUCGGGAAAUUCAAUAUCAUACUCAUAUUAGUCAUCUUGCCCACAGUCUUUGCCCAGGUUUUUGAAAGUACUUCAAUGUCUUUCGUGUUACCUAUUGCACAAUGUGAUUUAAAUUUGAGAUUACAAGAUAAAGGAAUAUUGAAUGCAAUUACGUUCGCAGGUAUGAUAUCGAGUGGUUUUGCUUGGGGAUAUAUAUGCGAUGUUGCAGGUAGAAAAAAAGUAAUGAUAAUUGGAUAUUUUUUGGAUGGAUUUUUUGCUUUGAUGGCAUCAAGUUCACAAAAUUUCGUUAUGCUUCUUAUAGCUAAAUUUUUUGGGGGUUUUAUAAUUAAUGGCCCAUUUUCAGCAGCGACUUCAUACGUAUCUGAAUUCCAUUGUUCAAAAUACAGAACAAGAGUACACUUGGUUAGAGGGACUAUAGUAUCACUGGGUAAUAUCGCUGUACCUUUGAUAUCAUGGGCGGUAUUGCCACAAAAUUUGAAUUUUAAACUCUUUGAUUAUUUUGAAUUUCAAUCUUGGAACGUAUUUUUACUGAUUCUUUCUUUAUCACCGAUAACUAGUGGAAUCGCCUUUUUGUUUAUGCCAGAAAGUCCGAAGUUUUUGAUGAGUACAGGAAGAAAUGCAGAGGCUUUGAGGGUAUUCCAAAAAAUUUACAGGAUAAAUAAAGGAAAAUCAGCAGAUACUUAUCCGAUUAAAGUACUAGCAAAUGAGAUGGUUCUUGACAGAAAUGAUAAAAACUCAGUGGAACAAAAAGGAAAAAAGGCAAUUAUUGAGGGAUUAUAUAAAAUUAAACCACUAUUCUGCCCGCCUCUUCUUUUUAAGCUUCUCCUAGUUUGUAUGAAUAGUUUUAUUAUCCUCAUGAGCACAAAUACUUUAAAACUUUGGCUACCUCAGUUAUUCCAAGCGAUAAAUGAUUACGAAUUUGACCAUAAUGGUGCUAGUUCCAGCAUGUGUGAAAUGUUAGAUUCUGGUCUGAAAUUAACCAACAGUACUUCUUCGACAUGUGCAGUAAACUUGGACAAUUCAUCAGUAUACAUUAGAUCGAUAAUAGUUGGCUUUACGUCAAUUUUGUGUUUCUCCUUGACGGGAACCAUCAUCAAUGCAUUGGGAAAGAAAAAACUGAUAAUUGCUAUGACCCUUAUUGCUGGAACGAGUGCUUCUUGCCUUUAUUUGUCUCCGAAUUCAGAAACUGUUUUAGCAUUAUCGACAAUCUUUUUAGCUUUGGCAGGAGUUUGCGCAAAUGUUUUGGUUACUAUUACUCUUGAAAUUUUUCCUACAAAUUUAAGAGCAAUGGCCCUCUCUUUACAUUUUAUGUUUGCCAGAACAGGAUCAAUAGUUGGAAACGUGGUAUUUCCAUAUUUGCUUCAAACUGGAUGUGCACCGCCGUUUUUUUAUAUUGGGUUUCUGACAUUCGGCUGUACACUUUUAACGAUGGUGUAUCCAAAUACAGAGAACAAGCCACUGAAGUAAGUGUAAAUAGACACUCCGGUAAAUAGAAAAGGAAGUCAUUCUAGAAGAUUUUAGAGAUUUCAACAUAGAUAAAUAAAGGAAGAAACGAAAUAUUCGGUUAGGGAAAUUUUUGAAAUAAUUUAAAUUAUGAAAUAAGCCAGAAAUGAAUUAUACUCUUAUAUGUAAUGUGAUAUUGUAUAUAGAAACUAAGUCUAACUCAUUUUGAUAUUAAGAAU